AUGACUACAAAUAAGCUACAAGCCUUGAUACUUUCAGUGGUGCUAGCUACCACUGCGAGUGCUAAGGCGAAGCAGCCAGGCGCGACUAGCACGCAGCCGGACUGGUUCCAAACGUCGCCCAACAGUUAUGCUGGAACCACGGCAACUGGAUCUGCACCUUUUCUAGCAGAAACCAAUCCCGCACCGUUCGGACAGUCGACUUUCAUCCCCAAUGCUCCAUUGGAAACCUCGGAGCCAAUCAAGGGUGCCAAUGGGCGCAACAUCUUUCAACUCAUGGGAGAUCAAAGUCCAUAUUUUUCCCCGGCCGAAGGCUUCGGCGUCGACGAGUAUCCGCUCCCCAAGGGAGCCAAAAUUACUCAAAUGCACAUGCUUCAGCGCCAUGGCUCAAGAUAUCCUUCUUCUUCGGAAGGUCUAGAUUCGUGGGCGGCGGGAAUUGUUAACGCGAGUAAUCAAUUCACAGGCAAGCUCGAUUUCUUAAACGACUGGUCGUACAAACUGGGCAAAGAAAUACUAGUUCCGAAAGGGCGUCAAGAGCUCUUUGAUAGUGGCAUCUUGAACUACUAUAACUACGGUCAUCUCUACGAUAACUCAUCGAAGCUUGUGAUUCGUACAACUUUGCAGUCUCGUAUGCUUGAGAGUGCUGAGAACUUCCUUGCUGGUUUCUUCGGUCUUGAGUGGAGGAACCAUGCCAACAUUCUGGCUACAAUUGAUUCUGCAACUACGGGUGAAUAUGCAUGCACCAAAGCAGGCGAGACCAUGGAGGCUUCGGUCGCAACACCCGUUGGUACCUGGAUGGCGACAUAUUUGAAAGAGCGGACGGCUGAGCUGAAGAAGUUGACUGGUAACUAUGACUGGACAAUCACAGACACCUAUCAUGCUCAAAGUCUAUGCCCCUAUGAAACGAUCAGCGUUGGCUACAGCGACUUCUGCGACAUUUUCACCUAUGAAGACUGGGAGGGCUACGAGUACUUGAUGGAUAUCGAGUUUGCCGCUAUCUCCGGCUUUUUAAGCCCUACAGGUCGGGCACAGGGACUUUAUUGGGUCGAAGAGUUUCUCGCUCGAGUCGAGGGCCAUAUCUUGAGUGUACCUGCCAACACUACAGGGGCUAAUAUCACCCUGGACACCAAUCCAGUGACGUUCCCUUUGAACCAGUCGUUGUACUUGGAGUUCACGCAUGAUGCGAACAUCGUAUCUGUGCUAACUGCAUUUGGCUUCACUCAAUUUGCCGACUUUUUGCCUCUCACGGGUCCUCCCAAAAAUCAGCAAUUCUCUGCAAGCAGGCUGGUCCCAUUUGCCGGUCGCUUCAAUAUCGAAAUCAUCAAGUCACCGCACAAGGUCUCUCCAACACGUUCUUCGAAAUCCUCAGCUAAGGAUUAUAUUUCUGGCACUGGAGAAACUCAUUACGUGCAUUUCAUUCAGAACCAGAGGACCGUUCCAUUGCAUGACAGCUUUGGGGCUUGCGGGAAACGGGAUGAUGGCUGGUGCGAACUUUCGACAUUCCUGAAAGUACAAAAGAAGAACCUGGCCAAGGCUGAGUAUCAGUAUGCAUGCUUCGGAAACUGGACCAUGAAAGACUAUGGUGCAGUCAGAAACGGCGUUCCUGCAUGA